AUGUGGUGGUCGUGGGGUGGGGGUGAAAUAGAUAGAGGUGAAGGUGAUGGUGGUGUUGAAGGUAGAGCUAGUGGUUGUGGUAGUUGUGGUGGUAGGGAUGGCGGUUGUGGAGCUGGAGGUGGUGGUGGCGAUGGCAGCAUGGUGGAGGUGGUGGAGGAGGUAGUGGUUGUAGUGGUGGUAGCAGAGGAUGAGGAGGAGGAGGAUGUGGUGGUGGCGGUGGCAGUGGCAAUGGCGGUGGUGAAUGUGGUGGUGGAGGUGGUGGAGUUGGUGUUACAGGAUGUUUCAUGGAGACUAAGGACGAUUGUGAACAACAUUCAUUAUCUUAGUCCAACGUUUGAAGCCAUCAACUUUUUGCAUGUGUUUUGUGAGGCUAAUAUUCUGACGGAUGCAGUCACCUCUUGUGGUCACAAUCUUAGGAUAGACACAUUUGGAUCCGCUCUAUCCGCCCAGCUGCAUCUUCGGUGUUGA